AUGAUCACUCGAAUCACACCUAUAAACACUUGGAUUUUCCCGUGCUCACGUGGCGAUAAGGUUGCGUUUGCCGAGCAAUUGAUCAAACUUCAUGACAAGCUAUACACCGACACUAUCAUUCAAGGACCCGGGGCAAUGGCUCCACCAGUCUCAAUUCAAGAUGCCACCAUUGAAACCAGAGGUAGUUUGCGCCCUGGAACAAGAACAAGCACGGUUAAAGAAGUUGUUCUGGGUACCUACCCACCUGUUAACUUGAAUGUGAACAUGGAUGCAUCCGCCUUGAUUAUCCCAUCACCACCACCACCACCACCACCUACUACUACCCCGCCACAAGAUGCAGAAAUGCAAUAA